UGAUGUUUCGAAACGCGUACCAGAGUGAAUUCUUAUCAAUUCUUCAUAGCGUUGGAAGCAAGCCAUUGCAUCUAUGGGACAAAAGAGCAAUUUAUGUAUAUAAAUGUAUUUUACUUUUGGUUCUUGAUGAUAGAGGAAUAAAACGACGUUUUCGCGCAAGUAAUUACCAAAGUAGCACUAGGGUCAAGCCAUUUAUAUGCACAAUGCCAAUGAGAUUAGAUGAUGGGUGGAAUCAAAUCCAAUUUAAUUUGAUGGAUUUCACCAGAAGAGCUUACGCAACGAAUUACGUUGAGGCCGUACGAGUUCAGGUUGGUAUUAGACUUUGCUUAAAUAUAUGGUAUAUUCUUCACUAUUACUCAAUAUUUUUUCUUCAGAUCCAUGCAAAUUGUAGGAUUCGUAGAGUUUACUUUGCUGAUCGGUUAUACUCUGAGGAAGAACUGCCAGCUGACUAUAAGAUUCAUUUGCCUCCGCAAAAAAAGCUUCAAGUAUGA